ACCUCAACAAGAUCAACUAAAAAUAUUAAAAAAAGAACCUAAAGUAAAUAGUCAAGAUUUGCUUAAUAAUUCUUUAAUAAUUGAUAUUGAAGACACCAAUAUUAACUUUUACCUUGAGAAAGAAUUUGAUAAAGAGCCUUUGCAGAUUAGUGCAGAAGCAGAGGAUAUAGAUAUGGAAAAUAAACUAACAAUAGAAAAUCUUUUUAAAAUUCAAAUAUGA